UGCAACGCUGUACUUGGAAGAGAAAACUCAAAAGAGAAAACGAUUAACGAACGUAAAAAGUGCUGCUCAUCAAAAGUUGUUAUUUGAUAGUUGUUAACCCUCAUUUUUAUAAGAUAACAAUAACACUUAAAUUUCCGUGUGAUUAUCCAAUACAAUACAAGAUGGCUGAUAAUACUUCUGAAAUGGAUGUCGAAGAGAAAGAAGCAGAAAAGCCUUCAUUGUCCAAUGUGAAGGGUGAGAAGAAACGUAUUGAAGUUACGAAGUGGAGUGGAGUUCCCAAGUGGAGUUGGGAUGUUCUUGUCGAAACCUGUGCUAUAUGUCGUAAUCACAUUAUGGACCUCUGCAUUGAAUGUCAAGCCAAUCAGGAUUCGGCUACUGGUGAAGACUGCACAGUUGCCUGGGGUACCUGCAAUCAUGCCUACCACUACCAUUGUAUUUCUCGCUGGCUGACGACUCGUCAUGCAUGCCCACUGGAUAAUAAAGAAUGGGAAUUCCAAAAAUAUGGACGUUAAGUGCCCUGUCCUUUGUUUUUUUGUGGAAUUCUAUUUUAUCAGCGCGUUUCAUAUUUAAAAACUUCAGUUGUUGUUGUUUUUAACUCUUUCGGAAUCUUAUAACUCGAAAUUUGCUGAAUUUUCGUGACUAAAAAUUUCAAAAUAAAUGUGCCCUGCCCUUCAA